AACUGGUCUGUAACCGGUGUCAAAACUGUUUAAGAAACCAUAAAGAUUCAUAUGUUUCACAAAAGCGUGGUUUAAAGCGAAAUACAGCGUGUAUACAUACCAGUGCGCCUGUAUACAGGUUUAUUGAAAAUAUUUCAGAUAUUUAUAACAGUUUACGCUGUCACUAGGCAGAUUUGCCUUGCUAAAGGAUUUGGAUCAAAAACACUGAUUAUUAUUGACAAAAAGGAUUACAAAGUCAGCGAAAUGGGUUAACAAAUAAAACAUGUCUUAUGUUAUUUUGGUAAACGUAUCUGCCACUCCUACGCGCGCCUGGGAUAUACCGUGUGUUUAAACCACUAGUGACGCCCUAAAUAUUGCCUGUUAUACGAAACUUAAUAUCGGGAUGUUAUGAUUGUUAAGGGCUGAAUGGUUCAAGUUUCCCGGAUUUUAAAAGCAAUAAAUGGAGUACCUUUGAAAAGAUCUGGAUAUAGUCUUACCAUGGUCUAGAUGUUCAAUCAUUCGUUGUAUUUAAAGCGCGUAUGACCUUCGAUUUUAUUUAAAGUGCGCUAAGGAUUUCAAGUUAGACUCUUGUAUUUGUUACAGUUGUGAAAUCGGUAAAGGUAAAUAUAAUUGUAGAAGUUUCAACUGAAGUAUUCAUUUCUUAGUAUAGUGGUUAAUCAAUGAGAUUAAGUUAAGGAUUUCAAUGCAUGGAGUCUUAAAGGCGUAUCAUAUAAUUUCUGGGCACGGCGGUGGGGACCUUGGAAACGGUGACGUCAUGGAUGGCUGGACGACGGCACGUGCCGUCAAGGGAAUUGAACGACGCCUUCAUCACGUGACGACAUGCAUCAGCUUGCCGAUGGUGGAUUCCGACGACGAGGCUAAUAGUGAUGAAGAUGACUUUAAAAUCGGCGUUGGCAGCGGGGAGGACUCAAUAUCUCACUCGUCGGCUUCUUCCGACGACGGCCUCUGCGUAAAUACUCAAAGUAAUGAUAAUAAAAAUCCAAUUAAUGGAAGUUAUGAACUCUUACGGACCUUUCAGAAUGACGAUAUUAAGGAUAAACCGGAAAAUGUGCGGAAACAUCUCCCACCGGGGUCGGGGCCCCAUUCGGUUGGGUGUUUGGACAUUAUGGAAGAUAAUUGUGAGGAGGGAACAUUCUUUAGGAUUUUUUAUCCGACGGAGAAAACGGACAUAUUUAGCCGGGACACACAAUGGCCGCUGUGGUUGCCCCGGAAACAGUAUGGUCACGGGUACGCCAAGUUCCUGAGGUGUAACCCCCGUAAGUUGGCCGGGAAAUUCUUCAACUGGCUAGGAGGUGACGUGUACAUCCCGGUGUUAUGGCAGGCGCCGGUGUUGGCAGGCGACCGGAAGUUCCCCUUGGUGGUCUUCUCGCAUGGGUUAGGCGGCAACCGGACCGCCUACUCCACGUAUUGUACGGAACUGGCGUCACAGGGGUUUGUGGUGGCCGCGUUGGAGCACAAGGACGGCUCUGCAUCCAUGACCUACCACCUGAAGGACAACAUGCGGGGCAGUGUUGUCGAGACGGACCACCACGGCCGUGAUUCUACCAGUCGGCACGGGAAGAGCUCCAUGCCUCGCUCACACAGCUGUAAAGAGGAAUGGCAGUCGUUCGAGCACGUGGACAAUAUGGGUAUUAACUGGGAUGACUACCACUACCGCAAUAGACAGUUAAUGCAUCGGGCGGGAGAGUGCAGUCGUGUGCUGGAUAUGCUGACCAGCAUCAACGCCGGACAGAGUGUUCGAAACUUCUUAGGCUUCCACUUUAACCUUAAACAGUUCAAGGGCCGGUUGGACCUGGACAGGGCCUCGGUUAUCGGCCACUCGUUCGGGGCCACCACCGUUGCAGCUGCUCUUGCCGAAGAUACGCGCUUCCGUUUAGGUAUAAUGCUGGACGCUUGGAUGCAUCCAGCGAACCAAGAGCUGUGUGAAAAGAUCACCCAGCCCGUUCUUCUCAUGCAGUUUGAAAAGUUCCAGUGGGAGGAAAACGCCCGCCAACUUCUGUGGUUGAAGUCCGAGAAAGCGGAGCGGCGCUUCAUAACGCUACGCGGCGCGUGCCACCAGGCCGUGAGUGACUUCCAAUUCCUUGUUAACAAAUACUUCGGCAAGUUCAUGGACGUCCGAUGUGAGAUGUCCCCCAAACUCAACAUGGAGCUUAUAAGAAGGGGCACAUUUGCUUUUCUCGUUAAACACCUUGAUCUUGAUAACCUCGUUGUCGAUGAUGACGUGCUGUGUGCACGUGAAGAGCACGUAGCGGAAGGUGUAUUGUGGGGACGCGCUGUGCCACCAGUUCCGCCUUCAUGAUGUCACUAUGGCUAUGACGUCAUUUGUCAUUUUGUUAUUCAUGACAUAUGUAUUCUGUGAUAUUCCUCUGCAUACGUAUUCAAUGUUUGAUUGCCAGGCGGUAUCCAAUACUCUUAUGAGAUAUUAAGCAACUUAAAUAUAUAUUACAUAACAUCACUUUGUAAUAUUAUAUUAUAAGAACAUGGAAGUUAACGGUUUGUAUCUGAGAACACAAAAACAACCAUAUAUUUGCAUUGUCCUGUAAAGGGACUCAGAUUGUUAAUUUAAGAGAUGUUUGGUUAUCUAUCACUAGCGGUAGCGGGUCCCGGGGGGGCGGCGGUGCACCCGGCGCGCGCGCCUCCGCUAAAAUCGUCCAAGUUUACUUUUAUUUUACUCAAAAUGCACCAUUUCGGACUACAAAUUGUAAACAUUUUCUUGGGGGAAAACUCAAAAAAAAAAAACUGCCACAAUUUUAAACAAAUUAUUUUGAUAUAUGGAAGUCAAACGGUUAUGCCCCAAAGUAACGCCCCCUCUUACGUCAAAUCCUGGAUCCGCCCCGUCUAUAUAUGCCGGUUUACUUUCAAAGUGCUCAUACUCUCAAGCUUAUCUGUGAUAUUGUAUGUAUUUUUUAAACUAUUUAUACACGCUUUUGUAAUUUACUAUUAGCUUUUUUAUUGUCCCUUAUGAACCGUAAAUUCGCCAUGUAUCAUCAGAUGUUCCAGCAUCUAAUUGCGUCUUUAUUUUAUAUGUUGUUCUUAUAGUUAUUUCACAACGUACCUCAAGCUAUAAAAAAUCCUCUCAUGUUUUGAAGUGAUUCGCAUAAUUCAAUGGACGUGUUUUGAAGUGAUUCGAACAAUCCAAUGAUCGUGUUUUGAUGUGAUUCGAAUGAUUCAAUGAUCGUGUUAUGAUGUGAUUUAAACAAUUUAAUGAUCGUGUUUUCAAGUUAUUCGAACAAUCCAAUAAUUGUCUUUUAGCUGAUUCGCAACAUUUAAUGAUCGUGUUUUGAAGUGAUUCGUAUAAUUCAAUGAUCGUGUAUUGAGGUCAUUCGAACAUUCUUAUGGUCGUCUUUUGAGAUGAUUCGCAUAAUUAAAUGAUCGUGUUUUGAGGUGAUUCGCACAAUUUACUGAUCAUGUUUUGAGGUGAUUCGCACAUUCUAAUGGUCGUCUUUUGAGGUGAUUCGCACAAUUUACUGAUCGUGUUGUGAAACGAUUCGCACAAUUCAAUGAUCGUGUUUUCAGGUGAUCCCCAUAAUCCAAUGACCAUGUUUUGAGGUGCUUCGCACAAGUCAAUUAUCGUGUUUUAAGUUGAUUCGCAUAAUACCAUGACCGUCUAUCUAACGUUGACAAAAAUGUGCUCUUAUUUAUUUGCAAUACCAAUGCAGUUCAUUUUCUUGUUGUUUUGUUUUAGAUGUUAGCUUCUAGUAUGCCAACAUCGUUAUUUGAUAAUUUGUCGUCUACUUCCAGAUUAGUAUAACUAUUUUUAAUGACAACUUUUAUAUAAAUAUAUUUAUAACAAAGAUGGUAUCAUGGCUAAUAAAAGUAAAUUUGUUUUUAGAUCAAAUUGUUUUAAAACAUAUACAUGUAGUACUUAAUAUGAAUUAUACAGAAUAGGUGAUUUUCAAUGAUUCAAUGAGUUGUGCUUUAAACAUACCGGUGAUUACCAUUGUUUAGUCAUUUGUCGCAUGACAUACCUUUGAUGAAACUAUGUAAUGUAUUUCGUCUUACCUUUUUUACAGUGACACUCUUAUUAAAACAUAAUACAUACACAUAACAAACAUACAUUUUGAGUGAUGAACCUUCAACUUCUUACUGAAAAUGCAAAAAUUUAUAUAAAAUAUUGAUUACUGAUAACAAGAUUUUAACCGCGUAUUUAAUAGCUGAAAACACAAAAAUAUUUAAUGAUUGGUGAACGCUAAAAGAUUGACUGUAAUCUACUUUAGUCUCAUAAGGUAGAAAUACCAUGUUUUCUGCACCUUUAUUUCAAAUUAAAGUCUGCAUCCUUUUUAAGAACCAUUGUUUUCGACAUUUAUUCAUCCUUUUUGGAAUAUUAAGACAAUAUGAUUAAAUGUGGUUAAUCUUAAUUGGGAGUAGGAGUGUCACUUUAAUUACCACGAUUUCAUAGUAUUUCACAUGGAAUUUUAACCAAACUGAAUGGUCUAGUGGUUUAGGUACCUGCCUCUCACCCAAGAGGUUGCGGGUUUGAUCCCACCCAGGGUGAGAGUGGUCUAGUGGAAUAUGCCUCACACCAAAGAGGUAGUGAACUUGAUUCCCACGAGUGGAACUUUUCAUGGUCUCUCAAAACGGACACCAGUUCUUAUUUCUACCAAAGAAACAGACAUGAGCGUGAUUCUUAAAGCAGAAAGCUUUCGUCAUAAUCAAGCGAAACGCAUUUAGUAUAAACUAACCACAUUUAAUGCAAGGGUCGGAAUUACUCGUACAUUACUGCAUUUUUGUUACUUUAGAUAUCCACAGUUUUAAGUCCUUAUUUCCACAAUGCUGUGUUAGCCAAAAAAAGGUGCUGUGCUUAUGUGAUACGAUGUCCCUUAUUUGCGAGGGAAUGUAUUUUUUUAUAAAAAAAAAACUUAUACUAUUGUGAUAAUUAUGAGAUGAAUGAAAUUCCAUUAAAUAUGUUACAGUUUAUUGAAUGUAUUUUGUCAUAAGGUGCAAUGAUACGUUGUAUUGUUAAUUACUUUGUUAUAUAUAUAUAUGCAUUGUUUUGUUAAUUAUCAUGCAUUGUUACAAUCGUUGUGUUUAAUUGACAUGAAUAUCUACCGUGGCAAAUUUACCCUCCCCAAAACAUGGGUCGAAUAUGCACCGAGGAUAAAUUCAUCCCAUGGGUAUUUACGUUUAUAUGUACAUAUUCACCUCCGGGGUGUAUUGAAUUUGCCCCCGCCGCUAAAUUUUGUCAUAUAAAUGCGGCAUUAGAAAUGGAUUUAUGACCAAAUAAAUGGCAAGUAGGGCACUUAACUUCACAUUCAGCUUAUGAUGUUCUUUUGCUUUUUUAAGAGUUAAGUUUUUGGCUUAAUCCUUUUGAUCAGUAAUGGUUAAUAUUGGCAACAGCUUGCACUAGUUAGGCUUAUAAGACAAAAUGUUUGUUUAAGGUAACCAGAUACUACUAAAUAAAUAUCGCCGACCAUAGUAUUUUUUUUACAAAAAUAAAUAAAUGAAUAAAUAAAAUUAAAAUAAAUAAGCAAAUAAAUAAAUAAAUAAAUAAAUAAAUAAAUAAAUAAAUAAAUAAAUAAAUAAAUAAAUAAAUAAAUAAAUAAAUAAAAGGUUAUUCCAACCAUGAAACAUUGUUUUUUAACAGAAACUUUUAUCAUUCUUUUAUUUUUUGGCCUUAAAGAAAUAGUUUCUUUCAGUAUUUUGUUUAUAUGCUUUGUUCGUCGUGCAAAGAGCCUGGGCAUUGUCUAACGCAUAGUUCUUAGUUUCUCUUCAACAUUUUCUGUUUUAUUAUGUUAUUAGUUAUAUUUUCAUAUAUGUAUAUAAUUUUAUAUUGUAGCCACAACUGUCUUUCACUCAUGUAUUUUUAUUCUUUUUAAUGCACGCAUAUUCCAUGCGAUCGCUUCAGGGUACAUGUAUUUCAAAUAAUUUCAUGUAUACUAUUCCAUUAACAAAUGACAUUUAAGGAAUUCGACCCAUACAUAAGUCAUUUGUAUUACCGUCGAAACUAUCUAUAUCGAACUCGGUUAUCUCAAAUAUGCUUUUUCAAACUGUUUUCUAUUUAUGAGUCGAAUUCCUUUAAUGUUCAUCUUUAGUUUCUUUCGCUGUUUCUUUAUCUAUAUGGUAUUUCUUUUCACAAUGAAUAUCAUUAUAUUUAUUUAUAAGCACUUGACACAUCCUGCGUGAUUGUGUUUUACACGUACUUCAGUGUGUGAUUUUUGAACAUUGUUAUUUACAUUGGAUGAAAUAAAUGAGAAAACCUUCCAA